UUUUGGCAGAUUCGAAGUCCUCGUUCCAAAACACGAUGAGAUUCUGACAUUGAUUUUUGGUGGCAAAAGGUCGAAAAUAUGUUAUAAAUGUUAUACUUAAAGACGUGAGGACUAAAAAGAACAUUAUUGGGGAACAAUGGCCAGCACCCUGGUGGCCGUGGGUCUCACCCUUGCAGCAGCAGGAUUUGCAGGUCGAUAUGCCAUGCAGGCCCUGAAACAGAUGGAGCCCCAGAUGAAGCAGGCUCUCCAGUCGUUUCCUAAAUCUACAUUUGGAAGCGGUUACUACAGGGGAGGAUUCGAACCCAAGAUGACGAAGAGAGAAGCGUCUCUCAUCCUAGGAGUCAGUCCCACGGCUAACAAAAACAAGAUCAGGGAGUCGCACAGGAAGCUGAUGAUAUUAAAUCAUCCUGACCGCGGUGGAUCUCCGUACAUUGCAACAAAAAUAAACGAAGCAAAAGAUUUACUGGAUGGACAAGCCAAGAAAUAGUUUAAUACACACUCAGGGAGUGACUCUGUUUCAUUAAACUUGUCAAUUGUA